GUGUGUGUGGCUGCUGUGGCGCCCUACGCCCCAGGUACAAAAGGCUGGUUGACAACAUCUUCCCCGAGGAUCCCGAGGAUGGCCUGGUGAAGACCAACAUGGAGAAGCUGACCUUCUACGCCCUGUCAGCUCCAGAAAAGCUAGAUCGGAUUGGAGCCUAUCUCUCCGAGAGGCUCAUCCGUGACGUGGGUCGUCAUCGCUAUGGGUACGUGUGCAUUGCCAUGGAGGCGCUGGACCAGCUGCUCAUGGCUUGCCAUUGCCAGAGCAUCAACCUCUUCGUGGAGAGCUUCCUCAAGAUGGUGGCCAAGCUGCUGGAGUCCGAGAAGCCCAAUCUGCAGAUCCUCGGCACCAACUCAUUCGUGAAGUUUGCCAACAUCGAGGAGGACACGCCAUCCUAUCACCGGAGCUAUGACUUCUUUGUGUCCCGCUUCAGUGAAAUGUGCCACUCCAGCCAUGAUGACUUGGAAAUCAAGACAAAGAUCCGAAUGUCCGGCAUAAAAGGCCUGCAAGGGGUGGUGAGGAAGACGGUGAACGAUGAACUGCAGGCCAAUAUCUGGGAACCACAGCACAUGGACAAGAUCGUCCCAUCACUGCUUUUCAAUCUGCAGCACGUGGAGGAGGCUGAGAGUCGGUCCCCCUCGCCCCUCCAAGCACCAGAGAAAGAAAAGGAGAACCCAGCCGAGCUGGCCGAGAGGUGCCUUCGGGAACUGCUGGGCCGGGCGGCCUUUGGCAACAUUAAAAAUGCCAUCAAGCCUGUUCUCAUACACCUGGAUAACCAUUCUCUCUGGGAACCAAAGGUGUUCGCCAUCCGUUGCUUUAAAAUCAUCAUGUACUCAAUUCAGCCGCAGCACUCCCACCUGGUUAUCCAGCAGCUCCUGAGUCACCUGGAUGCCAACAGCCGCAGCGCGGCCACGGUGCGGGCCGGCAUCGUGGAGGUCCUGUCGGAAGCAGCGGUCAUCGCCGCCACCGGCUCUGUUGGGCCCACGGUGCUGGAGAUGUUCAACACUCUCCUGAGGCAACUGCGCCUCAGCAUCGACUAUGCCCUGACGGGGAGCUACGAUGGGGCGAUCAGCCUGGGCACCAAGAUCAUCAAGGAGCACGAAGAGCGCAUGUUCCAGGAGGCUGUCAUCAAGACCAUAGGUUCCUUUGCCAGCACGUUGCCUACUUACCAGCGCUCAGAGGUGAUCCUCUUCAUUAUGAGCAAGGUCCCGCUGCCUUCCCUGCACCACGCCAUGGAGACAGGGCGGACGGGGGAGAACAGGAACCGGCUGACCCAGAUUAUGCUGCUGAAAUCCCUCCUGCAAGUGUCCACAGGUUUCCAGUGCAACAACAUGAUGUCAGCCCUGCCCAGCAACUUCCUUGACCGCCUGCUCUCCACGGCCCUCAUGGAGGACGCAGAGAUCCGUCUAUUCGUUCUAGAGAUUCUGAUCAGUUUCAUUGAUCGUCAUGGCAACCGCCACAAGUUCUCUACCAUCAGCACCCUUGGUGACAUCUCUGUCCUGAAGCUGAAAGUGGACAAGUGCUCCCGACAGGACACUGUCUUCAUGAAGAAGCACUCCCAGCAGCUCUAUCGACACAUCUACCUGAGCUGUAAGGCGGAAUCGAAUAUCCAGAAGCACUAUGAGGCUCUCUACGGCUUGCUGGCGCUCAUCAGCAUCGAGCUGGCCAACGAGGAGGUGGUGGUGGACCUCAUCCGCCUGGUGCUGGCUGUUCAGGACGUGGCCCAGGUCAACGAGGAGAACUUGCCCGUGUACAACCGCUGUGCCCUCUACGCGCUGGGCGCCGCCUACCUGAACCUCAUCAGCCAGCUCACUACGGUGCCCGCCUUCUGCCAGCACAUCCACGAGGUGAUAGAGACCAGGAAGAAGGAGGCUCCGUACAUGCUCCCCGAGGACGUGUUUGUGGAGAAGCCCAGGCUGUCUCAAAACCUUGAAGGAGUGGUGAUUGAGUUUCUCUUCCGCCAGAGCAAGAUCAGUGAAGUCCUGGGGGGCAGUGGCUACAAUGCAGACAGGCUCUGCCUGCCCUACAUCCCUCAGCUGACAGAUGAGGACCGCCUGUCCAAGAGGAAGAGCAUUGGAGAAACCAUCUCCUUGCAGGUGGAGGUGGAGUCCAGGAACAGCCCAGAGAAAGAGGAGAGAGUGCCCGCCGAGGAGAUCACCUACGAGACGCUGAAGAAGGCCAUCGUGGACAGCGUGGCGGUCGAGGAACAGGAGCGUGAGCGGCGGCGGCAGGUGGUGGAAAAGUUCCAGAAGGCGCCCUUUGAGGAGAUCGCGGCGCACUGCGGAGCCCGGGCGUCACUGCUGCAGAGCAAACUCAACCAGAUCUUUGAAAUCACCAUCCGCCCGCCCCCAAGCCCAUCGGGGACCAUCACGGCAGCCUACGGCCAGCCUCAGAACCACUCCAUCCCGGUCUACGAGAUGAAGUUUCCGGACCUGUGUGUGUACUGAAUCCCGAGAGAUGGAGCUCCUCACAGGGUGGGCCUGAGGGACGGGCUUGCCCUCGUCUGCCCUUCCAACAUGGAAAUCUAACUGGGACUUCAGAGAAGAGGCCACCUUGAAUGACAGCACCCCCUCUCUGCCCCCCCACUUGAGCAAGGUGGAAUCUCUGCCCUCUGCUUCCUCCCUGUCUCCCCCAAGGGAGGUCGGCUACCUGCCCCUCGGGGCAAAUAAGCAUCUCACCUGAACCUUUGUCUCCUCCAUUGCGUCAGCCAGGGGCUGAGAAACAUGGGGGACGGGGGUCUCAGGAGAGAGGCAGAGGUCCUGAGGUGCUCCUGCUUUAUGCUGCGAGUGAAGGACUUUCGUGGAGCGGGUCUGAGGGGCCCAGAUGUCCUUCCCCUGCGAGGGGGCUGGGUGGAGGCACCGUCUGCCAUCGACUGAGCCUGAAGGAAGGGAAGCCGCUGGUCUCGUAAGAGCUGCAAGAUGGCCGGCCACCCCUCCCCCAUUCGAGGGCCCUCAGCCUCCUCCACUCUUCUGCUCACCUUGCCAGGUGACUCUUCAUGUGUCUUUCUAUUAUUAAUUAAUGUUAAAACUGGAACUAGGGUAGAGACCCUGGGGCAGGGAGAGGGAGGCAGCAAAGAGAGAAACGAAGGGUACGGACUGCUGGAGGUGCCGCUUCUCCCCAGGCCGGCAGCAGGGGUCUGGGCUGCGGGCCUCACCUCCUGCCCAAAGCGGCAGGCACAGGUGGGCGAGUCCUGUAGCGUCUUCUCACUGGCUGUGGUCAGAGGAAGCUUGCUCGCCCACCUGUGGCCCCUCCUCUGGAUUUUCCUGAGUUGUGUUCUCUCUUAGAUGCCUUUCACCUGAGGGUGCCCACAUGUUUCUACAGCCUCUGGGUUGAGGGAGGGCAGAACAAGGUCAUCUAGCUCUAGACCCCUCAAAAUGAGGAGGCACCGCAGUGGCCCCAGGCCUGCCCCACAUCACCUCCUAGGAAGAGGCCCCAACCUGGCUGGGCCAGGGGGCUGGGGCUGAGGGAGGGACACCCUGUGACAAAGGGGCACUUUGUCAUUUGACAAAACAACCUUUAGGAUGUUUCAUUUGAGGAAGGAAAGAUUCUGCACCGAAUGUUGGAGUGAUUUCUUCACUCUUUGGUCCAAGUAUGGACAUCGAUGCCAAAAGGCAAAGCUUGAGGCCCAGGGAGAGGUUGUGGAGGUGACUUUGGGUUCUGAGUUCCUUUUUCCUGAGGGCCUCUCUGCGGAGGGGGAGCUGCCCUCUCUUGGCUUCCCCUUCUCACCCAGGGGCCUCCGUGCCUCCACAGCCACCUCUGGGGCCCUUGUCCCCGGGCCUCCCUGGCCUCCCCCAGGCGUUGUCUGUGUGCCACAAUAGCCCAUUUCUCCUCUCCUGAAGUUCCCAUGACUUUUCAGAGCUGAUGUAAUUCGCAGUAAGGUGUGAAUGGUCAAAUGAUUCCUCCCUGAAGAAUGUGCUUUUUAAAGAGAGGGAGAGUAAGUAGAAAGGGGCCCAAAAGCCCCCUUUAGUCAGAGUGGUACAGGGCGGGAAGCAGCCUGUUUGUGCUAAAGGGUGGGCAGGCUUCUCGGCUACACUCGGUCAAGCCCCCACACAGAGGCACAGUGAGAGCCUGGUUAUCGGGACAGACACGUUUCCCAAGUUGGGAGACACUUAACAUACUACGUUUCCCGCUAAAUUUCUCAUGCAAUACAUUUCUUGGGUGAGGGGACUAUCUGAACCCCCUUCCUGUAGUUCCCACCGUUGGUCAUUGGUUGCUGCCUCUGGGCUGUGGGCCCUCAGCUUCCAGAAGGCCUGCAUGACUACAGGGCCCUAGAGGGCCAGCUCUUGCUCUCUCCACCAGCUUUUGACUCUGCCCUGUGGCUUUGGCUUAUGCACAACCCAACUGUAAGCAUGGACUUAGAUUUCUCCUUAUUUUAAUCUCUUUAGCAAGAAACCAAGUUUAAAAUAACUUGAAACAAACUUGAAGGCACAUAAUCUUUGGCAGAACCUUUAAAGACUAUCUCAAUCUCGGAGCCACAAACAUGUCUUUCUGCACUAGAUCUUCCUUCUUUAGCCCCAGCUCGGCGCUCACGGAAACACUGUUUGGUUUUAUGCCUACUUGAAUGUGGGGGUUCUGCUCCUGACAUCUCACCCUGAGCUUUGUCCUUGGACCCUGGAGAUCAUCACCCUGAAGCCUCUUUCUCAAGCCAGCAGGACCUGCAGGUUCGCUUAGCUGACUCCCUCCUCCCCACCCUGGCAACAGAGUGCAGCAAAGGGUUCCGGGCUUCCUGUUCUUCAGACACUCAGCCGAAGCAGCUUGUCCUUCUGAUCACCGCUGCUUAGCAAAUGUGUGCUUCUUUCGGAGAACUGGCCGUUUGUGUGCCUUCUCAGUUUCAAGUUCGUAGAAUAUUAGGUUGCUGCUCUGGAACAGCACCUGGAUUCUGGUCAGUCAUGCCUCAGUCCCAGAAAGUGUAAAGUGAGUGUGAAUGUAAACAGAAGUUAACUGGUCAAUUAAGCCAUCUCCACCCCAGCACGAAGCCCGGGAGCGAGGCAAAGAAGCGUUGGCAGGUGCCCGGGCCUUCGGUUAGCUUCAAGCCCUGUGGAGUCUGGCGGCGCUGUGUGGCGGACCUGUCCUUUUUUUGCUCCUACUCCUUAUGUUGAUUUUGAGCCAGCAAUUCCAUCCAAACCAGCUGCUCCCCAAAGCCACCAAGGACUCUCGCUUUGUGGGCAAAGGGGAGGGCUGGUUAGCAUUCUGCUGACGGUACUUAAAGAACCUGAACAUAAGUGAGACGUUUUGCUAGUUUGGUAGAGUCGUACGUGUGUAAGAAGUGGUCCGCAGGAAGCACCCACAUGCGCCUGGAGGCUCCUGUUUUCCUUGCAGCGGGUCUCCAGUGUCCAGUGCCUCCCCCCAUUUUCCUCUCUGAAAGUAGAAAUCAGUGGUUUCUUGACUCCUAGAUGCCUCCCCACCAGAGAAGGAAUCCAAACAGGCCAGAAGUAAAGCUAGGAAAGUCCUCAGGUACCCACUGUCCAGUCCUCCGCCUGAUAAACAGGUGUAAAGGGAUGAGCCGCGGAAAGGUGGGCCCUUGGGCCAGCCAGGGAGCGUGAAGAAUCACGGGUUGUGUACAUGAGCCCUUUACCCUGGGUGUUCGGGUCUCACCAAACACAUCUGAUCUGACCUGAGUCAGAACAACCUUGGGAAUUACCCGGGGGCCCCCGGGUCACAAUACCUUGCGUUGCUUUUCCGUUGUCCCCAGGCCUUCUGGCUUGAGUACAGAGAGGUGGUUGAGAAGUGAGGCUACUGCCCCCAAUUCUUCCUCAUGACCAAAUGGCGGCUGGUCAGCAGGGCAUCUGUGGGAAAGGACUAGACCUGAGCUGUUAGGCUGAGUAUCAGGGAGAAGGGCUUGUGUGGCAGGCCGCCUCUGAUUCUUCAGACCCAUAGAACCUGGCAGGCAGGUGGAGAUGGAACUGGGCAGUAUUUGCUUGUUCAUCCCCUCACCCUUCUGGUUAAAGUGCUCCUUAUCCCGAACCCAGCCAAGGUCUGAGGACUGUAGAGAAUGGUCAUGGGGGGAGGG